AUGAGGACCCUACUGGAGAGCAGCUGGAUGAAAUUUGGGCCGGCCGGCAGGGGCAGCUACGACUGGGUGACAGGAACACCAUCCACCCCUGGUGAGAAGCAGCUGCAGGGACACCACUGGAAUCAGUUGACCCCUAGCGAGGAGACAGGAUCAGAGAUCAUCUUCUACAUCCUCUUGCCCGCUGCUUUCCUCCUACUCAUCAGCCUCCUGGCCCUCCUGGUCUACAAGCGCUGCUCCCGUGAAAAGCGGGGCAUGACCAGCCUCUUAGAGGUGAGCGAAGAUGACAUCGAGUCGUUCCCUGGAGCCGGUUCCGAUCCCUCCGAUGGCAUUUUCCUCAUGGUGUACCUGCCACCCCCAUAUGAAGAGAGCCUCACCAAGCUGACUCGUGCAACCAGCUGCUGCAGCAGCAAGGAUGUGGCUUCCGCUGUCCGGGUGGCUGCCGAGGACUUGGGAGCCAAACUGUAG